AUGGGAGAUAAAAAGCAUUUCAAGGGAAAAAACCCAUAUACCGAUCGUCGUGAAUUUAAGUCCAAGGAAAUUAAGAAAUCGUUAGUGCAUAGGGCGAGAUUGAGAAAGAAUUAUUUUAAAUUAUUAGAAAAAGAGGGCAUAAACCACGAGCCAGAACAAAAUGAUGACGAAAGAGCAGAAAGUCAGAAAUCAGAAGAACUCAGAGGACCACGCAUACCAGAUUCUAGAAAACAACCUCCUAAGAAGCCUAUGAACUUUGCUGAAAGAGCCAAAAUUGCUAAGGAGAGGAAAGAACACAGUAGACAGGCCAAAUUGAAGUCAAUACAAGACCGUCGUGAAAAUAUAGAAAAGAAAUCGAAAGAGCGUGAAAGACGGAAGGACAACCUAUCCAAAAAGACUAAAUCGGGACAACCUUUAAUGGGACCAAGAAUUAAUAACUUGUUGGAUAAAAUCAAGAAGGAUAUAGAAUAA